AUGGUUGAUACAGCACAGGACAGAGAACUCACCCAGGACGGUAAAUGGACAGUCGAAGAGGAAGUGUUCAUCUCCAAAGGCGCAUCGGACGCUGCCCUGAACGACUCUCUAGCCACCCUCGUCGGGAACUCUUCACGUAUCUUCGUCCUUCACGCCACUGCGUCCCUCACUCGCAGGAUCUUCCGUGCAGCUAACCUGGUUCUGAGCCGGCACAGGAGUCGCUUCGCCUGGAUUAUUACGGAGAACGCCUACACCAGGAAGGAGGUGAUGCUUCGGGAUUUCCCUCUGGGCACCAAAGCGUUCCUGGUGAACCAUGACGUGAGGUCCGAAGAGCUUCUUCAGGACGUGUUGACGUUCAUCGUGGAAGCAUUCAGGGGCGAGACCCACAGCCGCUCCGCUCUCAUGGAUCAGUACACGCCGUCUGGAGCGUCUAUUUCCUCACUUUCCUCCAUUGCCUCGUCGUUAUCGUUCCCGUCGCACGCUUCGUCGUCGGAGCCGUCAUCGUUGUUAUCGUCGUUGUUGUUGUCAAUGUCCGCCUAUUCACCAUCGUCUUCCAUGGGGAGGAACAAAGCUCGGGGCUGCUGGUCAGUCCGCUCGACCACUGUCCACCCCCACCAUGAUCCAGUAUACAGUGCCUUGCAGUCCACGAGCAUCUACGGCCUCACAGGUCAGAUAGCGUUUGACGAGGACGGUUUCAUGAACAUCAGCAAAUUCCGAGUGCGCAACUUGGUCUUCGACGGCCGGCAGAGCGUUUGGCAAGAUAUCGGCUGUGUUCAGGGGAAGGAGGUGAGGCCUUUUGGCAUCAUCUGGCCGGGAGAUGCACAGAGUCUCAAGGCGGAGACAGAGGGCAAGAAGCGGUACCGUGUAGUGACCAACCCCGUCCAGCCGUUUGUCAUGACAGAAGCACCUCACCAGGACUACGGAGCCUGCCUCAGCGAUACACCAUGCCUCAACCUCACCAACAAGUUCAAGUCUCAGGAAGUGGUGUGGGAAGCUAUCAACGCCUACGAGACAGGACUUGGCGCUGAGAGCGGUCUUUUCACCAUCCAGUGUUGCCGGGGGCUCACCAUCGACCUCCUCAACAAGCUGGCCUCUGACCUCGAGUUUGAGUUCACGCUCUACAUCGUGCAGGAUGAGACGUACGGCCAGAAGUCCAGCGACGGAACCUGGUCGGGGAUCAUGCGUGACCUCAUCGACAACACCGCCCACUUCGCAGUCGCUGCAUUUUCCAUCACGAGUCAAAGAGCGACCGCGAUCGAGUUCACCGACCCUUAUUUCUUCUCGGGUUUUUCCAUUAUUUAUUCCGACCGGACCCGAGAGACGAGCAUACGCGCGUUCAUGGAGCCUUUUUCCAUCGAGGUCUGGUUCGCCAUUCUGGUUUCCGCGCACAUUACAGCGGUGUUCAUGGCGGUUUUCGAGUGGAACUCUCCCUUUGGGUUAAACCCUUGGGGUCGAAAAAGGAACAAGAAUUAUUCACUUGCCUCCGGGCUGACAAUGGUGUUCUCCGUACUGUUUGGACACACCGUGAAGACGAAAUCGCCGAAAGCUUGGCCAUCGAAAGUGAUGCAGAACUUUUGGGCGUUCGCCGCUAUCUUCAUCAUAGCGAGCUAUACCGCUAACCUUGCUGCCUUCAUAGCCGGUAAACACGCCGGAAUAAACUACAUCGAUAUUCAGGACCCACGGGUAAGAGCUCAGUUGCUGCACAAUGAUUAA